GUGGCGGUGUCGAGCCGGCGUGUUACGUGUCGAGUUUCCGCAGAAGAAGAGAGCCGGGUGAGCGCUGAAAAGCCGAGCGCCGCUUCCAUUCUCCCUCAUUCGACCUGCGGCUCCGCUGAUCGUCCUUCCGCUGCCUGACAGAGAAACGGUGUUUGAGGUGUGUUUUUUAACCACACAUAAAAUGUCGGACGAAGGUAAAUUAUUCAUCGGAGGACUGAGCUUUGAGACCAACGAGGAGUCUCUCAGCGCGGCCUUCGGCAAAUAUGGAAACAUCGAGAAAGUCGACGUGAUCCGAGACAAAGAGACCGGAAGGUCUCGUGGCUUCGGCUUUGUUAAGUACAACAACGCAGAAGACGCCAAAGAUGCAUUGGAUGCAAUGAACGGCAAGACUCUUGAUGGCCGGGCGAUUCGCGUUGAUGAAGCGGGAAAGGGAGGUGGACGUCAAAGAACUAGUUUUGGUUCAGCACCACGAGGUGGCAGGUUCAACAACUCCAGGGGGAGGGGCGGCCGGGGUUACUCCCGGGGUGAGGACAAUUUCGGUGGAAGUGGUGGCUUCAAUGGCGACAGGGGAUAUGGGGACAGGAGCUACAGUGACAGAAGCUUUGGUGGAGGUGGAGGAGGUGGAGAGAGGAGCUUUGGUGGUGGUAGUGGCGGCGGCAGCGGCGGCUACAGGAGUGGGGGAUACUCAUCAGGAGGCGGCGGUGGUGGCGGCGGCUACAGAGACAAUAGGGGUCAGGGAUAUGGUGAGCGCUCUAGUUCCUACCGUGAAGGAUAUGACAGCUAUGUCACUGACUCGACUACCACUUGUCAGGAUUUGGACUGAGUGAGAAGAGAUCCCUUAACUGUAGAACAGACCGGGGAUUUGAUGCUAAAUUCCUUUUUACUAUCAACCUUAGUUUAGCUGAGGCUCCUGUGUGUUCAAUUUCCCAAAAGAGUGAAUUCCUUUCAGACUGGUGAACUACACAUCCGAAGUGGCCGGCUGUUCAUGAAGUUGCAAAUUGCAGCAUGCUACAGUCUGUCCAAGGUAUCUUCUGUGCUCAACAUCUGCAUUUUAAAUGUGCUGUAAAAUGGACUAAUCUUGUUUAAGUGAUCGAAAAAUGUACCUUCGUUUCCCCAAAGUAAUAUCUCAACCGGGAACAGUUUUGUACUUUAUGUUCUUUGUAUGAUCAACGUUUUUUUUUCUUUGUCAGUUUGGCUUCAUGGAGCCUAUUAAACAGACUGUGGAAAAUAA